CCUCGAGCGCCACUUCCGCGGAGUGCAACCGUUGCGUGGCUGAGGAUCCAUAGAGACGCCGCUCGGCGGCGAGAGCGGCGCAGGAAGUGGUUUCCGCGUGCCGGUCUCCAGGCAACAGCCGUCAACACAGCGCGGGGCCGCAGGAGCUCGGCGCUGCUCUGGUAGGCCUGCAGGCGGGGCCGGGCCCGGGGCCCCUGCCCUCAGCUCUGUCCGGCCGCUCCCGGGGCCGCAAAGCAGAUGAGCGAGGCGGGAGACGAAGCGGCUCGGCGGGAGCGCCGCGGGAGACCCUGCAGGCACUGAAUGGCUGAGCUGCAGGUGGCUUUGUUUCCACGUGUGGAUUCUGUGGUGGCAGCUGCUACGCUCCCAGUGACAGACAGUUAUGAUUCUGAAGUCUCAGUACAUCAAUCCCCUCUGGAACACCUAAAGAACAGUUGUCAGCGUGAAUUCCUACAAGACAAAGAGGAAAGCCUGAAGAAUCCCUAUGCCCGAAAGAGCCGAAGUUAUUCAUAUUCUCUUUCUGCAGAAAACAUUCAGCAUAGCUCCCGGCAUGGAGGCUCCAGCUCAGCUGGGCUGCAAAGCAAGCAUCUUGCCAGCCAGGCCAAGACUCGUCCCUCUAAAUCAGUAGCCAAACGGAAAGAAGGAGUGGAUCGUUCCUAUCCUCUGAAACCAAUUUUUCACCACAACACUAGGAGCCUUCCUGCAGUCAACACAGGACAGCUCGUAAGUUCCCCAUACAUGGAGGAAGCUCUAAAUAGUAGGACUAGCUCAAAGAGCAAAGGCAGGCAUCUGCCAGGGAAGCCUCAGCUAGCUGCAAUGCUCCCUCCUUGGACAGCAGAGCCUAAACAGUCAGAUUCCUAUCUAUACAAGAGAGAUCUGGCUUAUAUCCUAAGGCUGGAGGCAGAUGGACAGACCCUGGAAGAGCAAAUCCGAAAGAAAGAGGCUCUCCUCAGAGAGAAGCUGAGGAGAACAAAGGAAGAGCUUAGAAGGAUUCAAAGAGAGAAGGAGCUGAUGGAGGCAGAGGAGAGAAGAGCCAGAGAAGUGGAGAGGACUAACAGGCAAAAGGCCACGUGGCACCCUGGAGAGGAAAAUAUAAGAGUUACCAUCAGGAUGGGUGAGGGGGACUUCAGUGGGGAGCAGUCUGCAGAGGUCACUGUCCCAAAGACUGGCACUACUCUCCAUCCCCAAGAGCUGGCUAUGGGGAAACUGAAGAAGGAGCGGUUGGUGGCCAGCAACAACAAAAUUCGAGACCGCAAACCUGUGCAGUGUUUAGCCUCAUGCUCAGAGCUGGCCUUAAAACAUGCCCCUUCUCCCCCUGCCCUUUCAGACUGUGGCAACAGCCUGUCUGCAGAGAUGCUGUACAUGCAGGCUGCCAGCCCCCCAGAGCAGGUGGAACUUGGGCAGUGCAGCUUCUGUGGCCGCAAGUUUCUCUGCACCAGGCUCAAGAAACACAUGAGUGUCUGCAGCAAGAACCAGGGCUCAAAGAGGAAAACAUUUGACUCCAGCAAGGCCAGAGCCAGGGGCACAGACCUGGAAGAGUUUCAGCAGUGGAAGAGCUCAGAGAGACCUCAGAAUAAGCCACCCAGAAGGAACAACUGGAGGCAGAACCAUGAGGCUUUCAUCCAGACCCUGCGCCAGGCCCGGCAGGUGCAGCAAGUGCUGUCCAAGGGAGGGAAGGUGUCUGACCUGCCUCCGCUGCCUCCCAUUGAAAAUCCAGACUACACUGCCUGCCCCUACUGCAGACGCCGCUUUGCACCCCGAGUAGCUGAGAGACACAUUCCCAAAUGCAAAAACAUCAAGAAUAGACCCCCAUCCCCCUCACAGAGGAGACGCUGCUGAGGCAGUGUCCAGCUGCACCUGCUGCAGUUCCCUGCCUGCUUUCUGCCAGGAGUGCAGCCACAGACACUUGUGCUUUCUUUGUUCUCGACGCUGGCUGUGAGCACUGAGCAAGUAUUUACAGUAAGCAAACAGUUCAGGACAUACAGGCAGAAUAUCAAAGUUUGUGUACUUAGAUGUGUGUGCUGGACUGUGAUACUUGUGAUGCCCCUCUGAGGGCCGCCUUCUCCCAGCAGGUGAUCUCAACAGGAAGGCCCAGUCUACACUGUAAGGAUGUCACUGUUCAGUCUGCUGAGUAGGGAAGACAGGUUGUUGCUACAGGCUGACAGCACAAAGCAACAAGGAGCAAACCAGCCAUCAGAAAGGUCCUUAAGAAUCAUACUUUUCUUGUAGGCUGCAGAGGCUUAACUUUUUUUCUUUGAAAAUAUUUUCUCUGAUGUGGAGAUAGCUAAAGGAGAGCAGUUCAUCACUGGCUGCAGACUCUUUUAUUUUCCUUCCAUAAAAGCAAAGAGGAGUGCUGUGCACGAGACAAAUAGCUGGGCCAAAGAGAGCAUCUGCCUUUCAUAUGCUUUGUUGCUCCGUAGAUGCAGGUGUUCACUCCUGAACGUGCUAACAGUGACAGUGGUUUUGGCUGCCAUAGCGUUUCUUUUUUAAUUACCUACAAGUUCUCUUUUUUGCCAUAGAAUGGACUCUACAUUCUACAGUACUAUCUAGCAUUUAGACAGGGCUUUUGGGAAGCACCGUACAGACUGCUGUGUUUUCCCUCCUCUGUCUAUGAUAGACGACAGGAUCCAGAGCUACUUUCUCGAUUGUUUCUCUUUGUCUCACUCGUUGCAGUGCCAUUCAGUUGAAUAGUGAAAGCUGUGAAGGCAGGCUUAUUCUGCACUUGUUCUGCAUCAGCCCAAGAGUUUUACUCAAGUGAUUUUCUGGAACACUAGUGACAAUCCUGGAACCAUUUCCUACCAGCAGAAGAGUGUAACAUACUACCAUUUAGAAAUCCAGCAUCGUUCAGACAUAAAGACUGAUAACAUUACUUAACUAGGAGAAUGGGAAGCUAUAUUAUUAAAUACUUUCUCAACACAUGAACCUCAGGCUCGGAAAUUCAUGGGGGUAGAAAAGCUAGCAGUAGCAGCACUUACUGCGCAGGUCUGUAUGCCAAUUCAUGUACACAGGACAGCAGAGAUGCUCUGAACUGGCCAGGCCCUUCAGGCAACAGAACAGCCAUGUCAAAGUGAUUACUUACUGUGUACAAUAACGGGGACUCAGACUUGGGAAAGAGGAGAAGAAUAAACAUUCAAUUAAAGAAUAAUGCCACACAAGAUCAAAAAUAGGCCAUGAAUAAGCUUAGACUGGAAAUUAGUUUUCUAAUCAGGAGAAGAGUGAGGUCAUGGAAAAAUCUUCCAACUAGGUUAGCAGAGGCAAGGAGCCUACACUGUUUCAAGAUGGACUUCGAGAAGAUCAUAGAAAGGACUGUACCGCGGGAGUCAGAAACAAAUGCUCUGUAUCACAGUUCUUCAUUUCCAUCUCCAGCCUUGUGAUAAAAAGUGCAAUAACACACCAGCAACAGUUCUGUACUUCAGUGCAUCACUUUCAGGAGCAGAGAAGGAAUUUCCACAGCCACCUCCUCCUGAUUCCUAACAUAGCUUCUAAUUACUUUCCAUCUAAAACACUCAAGAACAGCUACAGCUAAAAACAAAUACAGUAAAAUAAAAUAACCAAGCCAUACACUAAGGAACUUCACAACAGGCAGUGUAACGGGUAAAUAAACAACUAGAUCUAAUAUCAAAAAGAUGGAGUUUUCCUGCAGGCCAAGGUGAUAGGGACCUCUGAAACACAGAGCUUUAACCCUUCCUUAAGUCAUCUAUUUGAUUCCAUCUUGGAUGCUGCAAUUGUAGGGCAUCGUGACAAAAAUACGCCGCUUCUAGUAGGAGGUGUAAGGUAGUUGUUGGUUAUGUUGGCCUUAUUCUGAAGGGCUUAGUUCGUCACACACUAUUAAAGGGUCUUUAGGGGGAAUAGAUGUCCUGCAGACUUAGAGAGAGGCAUCUGCUCCAAACCGGUAGCAGUUACAUAUUUGUCUAUUUUUCCAGAUUCUGAUUUUCAGACUAGUCUAAUAUUAGACUAUUUCUGUUUUGUAAAAAGUUGUUUUAAAUGGUCACUGUGUUUUUUGUUCUCAAAGUAAGAACAACUACUUUGUAUGAGAAAGUUGCAACAGGAAGCAAUCAAAGAACAAAAAAAGUUCCAGCAGCAACUUUUGCAAGUCCUUCAGCAGUGCAGUGGCCAGCUCCUCACAGGAGCUGGAAGAAAAAAAAAACAAAAAACCCACAACAGAUAAAAUGCAACCAGACUGAACUGGAUUAGUAAAAACCUGAAUCUGAAGAAGUGCUCCAGCCUGCAAUGGGUGGACCAGACUCCUGAAAGAAGUUGGAGUGCUUCUGACCUAUAGACUUGUGGGCAGAGAUCUCAAUCCUGUGGCACACCCUAGAAAAACAUGAAGGUCCCAGAAAGGGUCAGUACUGCACUGACAGCCAGGUAUGUAUAAGAAUGUGCAAGAGAAGAGAGAAAAACAGACUCAAAACAAGGGAAAAAGGCUCACUAUAUCCAAACUGACUGGAAAAGUAAGACCAACACUUUAACUUCAGAACUUAUUAACAUAGGACAAUAGAGGAUAGCAAGAGGUGACCAGAAAAGGGAUAGGAAAGGAAUAAACUGAAAGCUUUAUUCCCACAACCUUGAAUUAACGAAAGAUACAACUGAAUUAAAGAGUAGUUAAGAAAUUCAGUA